AUGCAGGGGCUAAUAAGGAGUGAAAACAAACCCAUCCAGAGAGAUUUUAAGGAUAGCCCUUCAGCACGUUACUUGGGAAUGGGCAGAGGACGUCCAGGGCCAUCAUAUGAACGGCAAGACAGAGGUGUUGGAGUGCGAAGAAGAGAAGUUUCUGAAAAGGUCUCCCGGUUUCGAGAUAUGAUACGCCCACGCUCUCCCAAAUAGCGGGACUUCCAACUGAAGAAACUGCAACUAGUGCCGAAGUUGCACAUUGUAUAUCUAUAAGGUGGCAUUUAGUAUACACACAUCUUUCCGAAUUUGAAGAUUGGGGAUCAUGUGGCUUCAAGCACUUUUCCUUUACUUGGCCUGUGCCAGAAAUUACUAAAGAUAAAUUAAAGACUGAUGUUCACUUUAAAACCUCUUUAACCAUGCAACAUGUGCUGGUGACUGGUAGAUUGUGAAAAGCCUCUAGAUGGUCAUGUGGCUAACAAUUCUUUUAAAAAAUUGUUACUUAAUGGCUGGUAAAGUUUUCAGGGUUGAAUCGAUAUAUUUCGGGCAAAGGCUGGUGCUUUCAAUUGAAUAAAGCAAGUGAUUUAUUCUCUUGUUCAGGGCCUAUGUUUGGAGUAACAAAAUUUUGAAUCUUGUGUGUUAAAGAAAAUAGUUUUUAGUGUCUGGUAUGUAGGUUUACUGUACACCAGUUGUGCCCAUAAAGAUGACAAUAACCUUGAAAAAUGUAACUUCAAUUCAACGGACACUUGGAGCUAACAGAUGCAACCCUGAAAUACUUUUGGAAGUUUGGAUGUCGAAAUUUUUAGGAAUUCGCAAUGGAAUAAGAUAAUGAUUGUGGGAAGCAAUGCUGUGGUGCUUGGAGCAAAGUAGAUUAUGGGCAACUCAUAGCUACCGGAAAUAAAAUCAAUACCAUUUGUUAGUGUGUGCAUGGAAGUAUGAAAGUUUGUGUCUCUCUCUUGAAAAAUAACCUCCCCCCUCGUUGUACAGAUCAACUAACAAAUUUAUUUUUGACAAAUAUGUAUAGAAUGCAGGUUAGUUAUCUACCUUAAACAUAUAAAAAGGAAAAGAUAAAAACUGUUUGCCCUUUGCCAGCUGCGAUGUGUUACAAACUUGGAAGUUUAGUAUGAAAAUAUAAAGUUUGUAGUGUGGGAUGAUGAAUGUUAUACCAAAACCAUAUUGGUGUUGGGAUUGUGGGCAACUGUAAAAAAAGACGUAAAUGCGUAUUACAUACACUAUUAUUAGUGCUUUAUUAUUAUCUGGGUACAAUGUAUUAUAGUAGUGAGCCACAUGUAGUGGUCAUCAUUGCUAUGCUUCCUGUGAGACAGAGAAAGAGAGAGAAGAUAACCUGAAGUGGACCAUAUCUAUUAAAGCUUGGGACUCAUCUUCACUUACGGAAAUAAUGGACACAAUGUGGAAAUGUUUGAUGCAUAGACCAUUUCAUGUGAGCACUCUACUAAAAUGGUUAAUGAUGUAUGGGUGUGUGUGGGUGGGUGUUCAAGCAUGUGUGUUGUUAUCACUUUUUCCUUUCUGUUUUCUUUCUUUUUGCCUAGCAUUGGAAGUUUAGAAGAGAAGUCCAAUUUUUUUAGCAACAGUAAACAAAAUUACAAUUAUUUUAUUGUUAUUGAUAUUAAAGUUGCAUAGAAUGGUUUGUUUAUUUGUUCUUGAGCAAUUAAGUUUUCAGACAUUUUAUCUAGGAAUAUAUGAAAGUUCCAGGUUUCAUUUGUUCAUUCAUUAAUUCAUUCAUUCAUUCAUUCAUUCACUGUACACACUUCUUUGAUUAGGAAUGCAUUUUCUUAAUAUGCUUUCUCGUAUACAAACUGAAGUUAAAAUGAUCGAACUUUAUUUCCAACUUCCAAUGCAAUAUGAGGUUUAGUGUGAUAAGUAAAUUUGACUUGGGCACUUUGUUUUAGACUCGUUGGCAGGGCAAUUUGGCAAGGAUGUGUAGUUACAAUUUCCAAUAUGGUGGGGAGGAAACUAUUAAUAUUUGACAGGUUACUGUUACUUCUUUCCCCAGUUUGAAUUUGCUUAAAUGACAUCAAAGGCAGGCUUAAUUUUAUUUAAACUAACUAAACUGCAUAUCUCUGUGGCGGAGGUUACAAUAGCUUUCUCUUUGUUUUUUAAUAUUGUCCACCUGCUUUUGUUUUCUUAACCGAAUGGUUGCUAUCAUUUAUUGAUCGUACUUACACUGGAAUUGUAACAUUAGCACUAUACAAGAGGGAAUAAUGAAGUUAAAGUAUCCUUAUCAGAAUAAUUAAUUUUAGUUCAAAAGAAAUGUGCUUCCAUUAGAUGUAUAGGCAGCCUCUGUUACUAAACUACAGCUCUUCUAUAAAUUUGGCCAGGAAAGUAACAGUAGUUUCUAAUCUAGUGAACCUUUGUGAUGCACAUUAUAAUUUGUCUGGUUGCAUGGUCAAGAAAGUGAGUUACAGCAACCACCCUGUGCUACACAACUAUGCCAUUUAAUAAUGUGAACAUUUAUAUGGAAUAAAUGUUCUAUCAAGUGUGUAUCCUGUAGCCAAAUGCAGUGUUAUAAUUUCAAUUUUUCUAAUUAUGAAACUGUUUGCAGAAAAUUUUGUGGGUUUUAAAAUUUUUUAUUGUUUUGUUGGGUUUUUAAGCAAGAGUGAUAUCAAGACAAAUGUAUUAAAAAACUGGAAAGGUUGCCUUUCCUCAAUGAGGAAAGGUUUAUGUGAGGUAGCCUCAUCUCUCAGGGUGUAUUGUAGUUAACUUGAAAGAGAUGAUUUAUGGCAGAAAGCAAUUAAGUGAGGUGUAUUAUUUAUAUUUAAUCUAAUUUUGCAUAAUACAUAACUUAAAAGUAUAUGCAGCAUGAUUAGACCUUUUGUUAAAUAAAGUGGUAAACUGCUUAUAGACAUAAUGUUCUUCAUAAUUUGUGCGAGGUGCUGAAACUGUUGCCCUUUAAUGUCUAAUAUCAUGCCAAUGUUGUGCAGCAGAUAGGCCUUAAUUACAAUUAUGAGGAAAACUGGAUAUUUUGGUUGUUCUUUUUUCUGUUGAAUUUGGUUGGAAAUAAAAAAAAUGCAUGUGGUGUCCAGAUUGUAAAUCGUUGUUUGCCCUUGGACCUGGGUAUAUCCUGAAAGGAGGUCAAUGGAAAUGAAUCAUGUGUGAAAGUUAGCCAUGUGCAAAUGGCUUGCUGAGUAAAUUAAAUGCAAACUUUGGAAUGCCUAGAUGUGUAUAUAUGUUGAAUACUUUCUGUUUCCAUUAUUUGGAUGAAAUUUUGACUUGUAAUUACAAAAAUGUAAUAUUUGAAUGCCUAAAAUGUUGCAAGGAUGACUUUGUGUAUGAUUUGGUGCCUCUAUAGAUCUGAAUUAUGGACCAGUUAUAUUGUUAGAUUCUGUCAUUUGACCUUUAAAGCCCCUCCAGUCUUUAAAUAGCAGUUACGUUUCAUAAUCUUUAUAAUACACUAAUUGAAUUAUAAUAAAUUUGGUUGUGAUUAGAACUGAUGCGCUUUGAGUACUUUGUAUUGCAGCAUAUGCUAAGGUAUAUGGGGGCAAUAAUAGUGGAUUUUGGGAUGUUGAUUGCUUAAUAAAGUUUUUUAACAGGAGAA